GUUUGAAAAAAUUAUCCGUAAUCGGCUCUUCGCUGCACAGCUGCAAUGUUUCUGUUAAGAGGAAAACCAUUAGGUAUUUGUUUUUGAGUGCACACAAACGUUCACUUGAGACAUUAACUGAGGAUAUCGACGAAGAGCUUUCUUAAUUGUGUCGUAUUAAAUUGUCAGCAAGUUUUUCUGGAUCUCUUUGGGUUCACUACAAUACAUUUGAAGAGGAAACAAUUCCACUUUUUCCAGUGCUUUCUUCGCAGUUCUAAUGGUGAUCUUUUAAAAACAGAUUUAUUAAAAAUGGAAUAAAAAAAAUAAAACGCCCAGUCCCUGUAAAUGACCAACUCGAUGUUCACAUGACUGUAUGGAUUCGAGUGUCAACGUGGGAAUUUUUAAAUGAUUAAAUGUGCUAAGAUGAUACCUAAUGUUUAUACCUGCUUGCUUGUCUCUGUGUUUUUUCGAGUGGGGCUAUCGAGGAGGGAGGUCGAGAUGGGAACAUUUCUUCCAGAAGAUAUUUACGUGAACAAAGAUGCUGGCGAGACUGGGCGAUAUUAUGUUACUUUGGAGUCAGGUGACAAAUACCUUUGUCGUUAUGGCAACGCCAGUGCCAGCUUCUUAGAUUCUCCUGCUUUUUCUGAGGAAUGUUACUACAAAAACAAAGAUGUAUUAACAUAUAUCGAGAAGAACACCGGACUUUUUCCUUACUACCAUUCAGUGAACUUAAGACCGCCAGGAUGUGGUUCCUUACCCAAUGUGACGGGUGCUGGAGGUAAAUGGGCGUGUCCGAGGGGCGUGUCUCCGUCAUCAGUUCCAGUGUAUGAGUCCUGUCAUCUGAAGUGUAUCAGUGGUGCCAGCAUUAAAGUUAGAUGCACCGAGAAACUGGAGUUCGACAGCUUGGCUUCCCAUAAAUGUCCUAUAGAAUCAACCUCUCAAACUGAAAAAGUGACUGAAACAUCAAGGAUUUUUUUCUCCAUUGCAAGCACUUUGCCUUCAAUAGGAGAAACUCACACUGAAGAAAAGACUGAAACAUCGAGAAAUUUUCUCUUUAAUGCAAGUACUGUAUCUUCAGCAGUAGAAAGUAUGUAUUCGAUUAUUUUUCAUUGUAAUGAAAAAAUGUAGAAUUUAAAAUUAAAUAUUUAACCCCCCCCCCCCAUGUGCAAGUUCACCAUUCUAUAUUACCAUCCCACUCCAAUAACGAAAAUGUGGGAGAUAGAUUCAAAGAAUUUAAGGCAAGUCACUAAGUACAUGCAGAUAUUAAAUCUUAAUACGAUGAAUACAUGAAUGCUAUGUGUGACUUACAUUUCUUGUUUCAGAGAUUUUGGUUGUGUGCUUCAUUUCCUGUAAAUGGUACAAAACUAAAGCAUCGUUGAUGCACUUUUCAAUGUAGAAAUUUAAAACGACACCAUGACGCCAAAACGGGGGAAAUUACAAAAAUAGGAUUUUUGCAAGGCUCUUGCACAUUUUGUUUAUCUCUUACAUAUAUUAGAUUUUAAAAAUUCAGAUUUAGAAAAAAUCUACUUUAGUGGAGAGAAACAA